AUGACCAGAAGACACCCCGCUGGCCUCGAUCGGCCCUGGGCUUCCCAGAUCUAUGCUCAGCUGCCGGAGUGCGACGCUCGUCCAGCUCCUGCUGCACCCGCAGCCCAGCCAGCUCCUACACCAGCCUCGACCGAUGCACCCGUCCGCCCCGAGGAUUACUCUAAGCCUUACUGCGAUUUCAUGACCGCCAACCCGACCAUCUUCCAUGCCGUCAAGUCUUUCUCCCAAGAUCUCGAGAAGCACGGCUACAAGCAGCUCUCCGAACGAGCGGUGUGGACCUCGGAGCUGAAGCGCGGCGGCAAGUUCUACGUCAGUCGUAACGGCAGCUCGCUGCUGGCUUUCAAUAUUGGCAAGGAAUAUCAGAGCGGUAAUGGUAUCGCGGUCGUAGCAGGUCACGUAGAUGCUCUCACGGCCAAGCUCAAGCCCGUGGCCAAGCUCCCCACAAAGGCUGGCUUUAGGCAGCUGGCAGUUGCCCCGUAUGCCGGUGGGCUGAACUCGACCUGGUGGGAUCGUGACCUUGGUAUUGGUGGCCGUGUGAUCGUUCGCAACCCGGAGACUGGCAAGGUUGAGUCUAAGCUGGUGAAGCUGGACUGGCCCAUCGCCCGCAUCCCCACCCUCGCUCCUCAUUUUGGAUCACCUGCCAACGGACCGUUUAACCAGGAAACCCAGAUGGUGCCUAUUAUCGGUGUUGAUAACUCUGAUCUUUUUGAGACAUCGACGACUGAGUCGAUCGACAUCAAGGCUGGAACCUUUGCAGCGACUCAACCUGAGAAGCUCGUCAAGAUCAUCUCCAGCGAGCUUGGUGUCACAGAUUAUAGCAACAUUAUCGAUUGGGAGUUGGAGCUCUUUGAUACUCAGCCAGCCCGAGUUGGUGGCUUGGAGAAGGAUCUGAUUUUUGCCGGUCGCAUUGAUGAUAAGCUCUGCUGCUACGCCGCUCAUGAGGCACUGUUGGCGUCGAGCGACGAGACCUCCCCCGGAAUCGUUAAGAUGGUUGGCAUGUUUGACGAUGAAGAGAUUGGCAGUCUGCUUCGCCAGGGUGCCAAAUCCAACUUUAUGAGCAGCGUCAUGGAGCGAAUCACUGAAGCCUUUGCCGAGGGCUCUUACGGUCCCAACCUCCUCUCGCAGACCGUCGCCAACAGUUUCCUGGUCUCCUCCGAUGUUAUCCACGCCGUCAACCCCAACUUCCUCAAUGUAUAUCUCGAGAACCAUUCUCCUCGUUUGAACGUUGGUGUCACAGUGUCUUGCGAUUCCAAUGGUCACAUGACCACCGACAGCGUCAGCCACAGCAUCCUGAAGCGUGUUGCCGCUCGCUGUGGAUCAAAACUGCAGGUCUUCCAGAUUCGCAAUGAUUCGCGCAGUGGUGGCACCAUCGGCCCUAUGACUAGCGCCCAAAUUGGAAUGCGAGCUAUUGACUGCGGUAUCCCCCAGCUCAGUAUGCACAGUAUUCGUGCUACCACUGGAAGCUUGGACCCUGGCCUGGGUGUGAAGCUGUUCAAGGGUGUUUUUGAUUAUUUCGAGGAGAUCGAUAAGGAGUUUGCCGACUUUUAA